AUGGUGCAUGUUUUCGGACGGGUGGUUGACAAUAACGUCGAAUUUGGCUACAAUUUAAAUUAUGUAUUCUGUGAGGGAACUAGUGUUGAAAUACCCUGCCAGGCACAAAAUUUUUGCUCAAAUGCAAAAUAUUUGUUCAUUUUAUCAACAGAAGGCGUCGUUAGUGUUUUUAAUAAGCCAAAUAAACUUCUCUAUUCUACUGGAAUUGAAAAUAUUCGUUCAUUCUCUGUUAAUGACGAUGAACUCUACUGUGUCUCUAUGGAUGGAUUUGCUUCUGUUUACUCUCUUCAAAACUUCCCAAUAUUUGUCGAGCCAUCACAGCCGCUGUCUGUAAAAGUUAAGAGUGUUUCCUGUGGUCCUGGCUUCGCUCUUUUUCUAACCCCUUCGGGUUGUGUUUUCAGUAAAGGGAUUGGCAGUCGUGGUCAACUAGGUCAUGGUGAUCUGGAAUCCCGGUCUGAGCCUACAAUUAUCGAAGCCCUCCAACCUUUGACCGUCGUAGCAAUUGCCUGUGGCUAUUGGCAUUGCGCUUGUCUAACCGAUACUGGAGACGUUUACACAUGGGGUUCGAAUGAGUUUGGACAGUUGGGAUGUGUGUCUAUAAAUCUGGAAAGAUCCAGAAGCAUGAACGACCCUACCAUUCCCGUGGAUUCAGGUAUUAAUCUCUCCGCUUUACCAACUCCAGUGGACUUUCCAGAUGGUGUAUCAAUUUCUGCGAUUGCUUGUGGAAGUCGACAUACUGUCUGCUUAUCGGAAGAGAAUGACCUAUUUUCCUUCGGUUGGAAUGGCUUUGGACAGUUAGGUUUCGAAAUGGAACCCCAAAAGAUGCCUGGGCGAUAUCCACACUUAGCUUCCUCCGAUAAAAUCAAUCGAAUACCCCUUCCAUUUACCCCAAACUCGGAGCUAUCACUCUCCUGUGGAUCUUGGUGUACAAUUAUCAGGGAAAUAAAAUAA